CAGCAUAGGGAUGUAAAUGUAUAUAUAUAUCGCUACUCUGGGGGCCUGAUUCCAACUCUUAGGCUUAUCUGUCUGGACAUCCGUUCCGCCCUUGUACUUGACAACCAGCCGCUUGGUGAGAUUCACGCUCAGGGAAGGGGGUUGUGAGCGAGAGAGAUGGGGGGCAAAGGUGGGGUCACUUCGUCCCCUGACCUAAAUCAAGGACUGUCAAAUUGAAGCUUUUGACUUCAAUUAACUCUGGGAUAUACUCUGUCUUGUAUCAAGAGAGCGAUGUUUUGCAUUACUUUGACGUUCUGUCUGUUCUGUGGUUCAUUUAAUGGGAAAUGGCGGUGCGAGAGAUGCGUGCCCAUGUUUGACUGUGAUCUUCUCUCAGCUCAGUAAUACUACAUGACAGGCCUACCUGCGUCUGGCAGAUGAAAGUGUGCUCAGUGUCACUGAAUUUAGUAAUUGUAAGAAAAAUAUGCUUGAACAUGUUGUUUAAAAAGGAUCUUUGGAGAUUUUAUUUUUUCACAGAGGAAUUGCUAUUUACGGAAUAUUUAGUGGGGGUAAAUUGCGCAGGCAAGUCUCUUAGGAUUAAACAUCAAAAAGUGUGUUUUGGGGUAGAGUUAAUGAGAGAGAAAAUGGCUAUAAACCAGUCUAGAUUAAGAACUUGAGUGACUAGUUAAAAGUAGAUUAUGUUCUCAUUAACAGUUUGGGUGGAUAAGUGGGUUUUAUUAUGGAUUUUUGCAAAAAGACGAAUAUUGAAAUCUGUUUAUAGUCAUUGAGUUGAACAUGGAUUACCGUUGGUCUUUUUUUCUCUUUUGUAUCUGGAAACUGGUGGGAAAUAUUAUUCUUUGCAAUCUCUCAUUGAUAUCUAUUUAGCUGUCCAGAUAUAUGACACUAUGGGGGCCAGGGGCCUGUUGAAUAGAUACACAGCUGUGGCGUGGGUUGCAGGUAGCCUAGCGGUUAAGGGUGUUGGGCCAUGAACCAAAAGGUCACUGGUUUGAAUCUCAGAGCCAACUAGGUGAAAAAUCUGUCGACGUUCCUUUGAGCAAAGAACUUAAUCCUAGUUGCUCUGGAUAAGCGUGUCUGCUAAAUGACAAAAAUGAGAGUCACAAUAUGAAGGUCAAAUGAAGUUGUUUUUCCUAGAGGCUAGGCUUUAACCUCUCCUCCCUCUCUUCUCUGAACUAGUGUAGAGAUCGCGAUCUAACUCAUCUCUCGAAAAUCUCUCUCCUCAAAUAGACCAAGCGACCCUCCUCUCUUCUCUCCCCCUCACUCGCUCUCUCUCCCUCUCCUCUCCUCCCUCUCACUCUCUCAUCUCUCUCCCUCUCCUCUCUCUCCCCUUCUCUCUCUCUCCCUCUCUCUUUCUCCCUCUCACUCUCUUCCUCUCUCUCUCUCCCUCUCACUCUCUCCCUGUUCGGCCACAGAUUCGACCAUGUCUCACUCCGGAGCCCAGGGCAGCAUUGGGAGCCACCCAGCCAUGGGGCUGCGUGCCCACAAAGUAGGUCUACACACUUUUUUAACAAACUAAUUAUUAUAACUAAUAAUGCAAUCUCUAGCGAAGAUACAGCAUUUCCAGUUGUUUUAAAGGCCCAAGACAGUCAACUUGAUCAAUUAUCUCCAUAUCAAAUCAUUAACAGUAUUACAUUAUAGCUUAUUACAGUAAAUAACCAUACUGUGGUAUUAUCUAUCUUUUCAGAUGUACCUGUUUGAGUUUGAGAACUUCCAGGGUCGUAUGAUGGAGUGCACAACUGAGUGCCGUAACCUGUGUGAGAAGGGCUUCGAGAGGAUCGGCUCUAUCAGGGUGGAGUGUGGACCGUACGUCAUAUCUAACUUCAUCUGUUUACAUAGAAGAUCAAAACCAUUCAUAGGGAUUCAUAUUAGUUGAGCCUUUAAAGCAAAGUUGUCAGCUGGAGCGUGUCCAGAAGAAAGCCUUCAGAAUAAUUCUGAGCGGGUCGUACACCAGCUACCGGGAAGACCUCAAAACCCUCGGAAUCAUGUCCUUGGACAGCAGACGGGAGCAGAUCUGCCUGACAUUUGCUAAAUCCCUGCAGAACUCCCAGUUUGCGGACUUGCUCCCCCCUACCAGACAGCAGAUUACUGGACGGGCAACCUGCAACAGCCACAAACUGAACACUCCCAUAACACACACAGGCCGUUAUCAGAACUCUCCCAUUCCAUACUUCAUUAAACUGAUCAGUGCACACACCAUUUAACACAGGGGCCUUAGAAAUACAUUCCUAAGAACUCUAAAGAUGCCUUUUCUAAAGCCGCCACCCCAAACCUUGUGGUCGUAGUAUUGUUGUUUUGUAUAUUUUGCAUAUUUUGACAUUUUAUUAUGUUAAGGGUUUUGCUAGUUUAGGAUUUUACUAUUUGAUAACUAUAUAGGAUUGAUGUUAUGAUUGUAAAUUGGUUUACAAUGCAGUCUAGGACUGCGAGAAACCAAUAAAACCUACUACUACUACUAACGUUAUCUUAGUCCAAUGAGACACCUGAAACAUAGUUAAUUUACAACAUGCAAUCUCCAAUGAUACAUUACUUUUGCGAUGAACAUGUGACAUCUAACAUGAUGUCACCUACGAACCUUGCAAUCACUUAGCUGUACCUAGCCUUCUGAUCAUGUUGAUAAGAGAGUUGUGUUAAUUCAUUAUAAGUGUGUUAUAGUUGUGCUGUAACAUUUUUAUAAUGUCCCAAUACAGCUGGGUGGGCUAUGAGCAGCAGAACCUAAGCGGAGAGAUGUUCAUGCUGGAGAAGGGAGAGUACCCCCGCUGGGAUACCUGGAGCAACAGCUACAGGUGUGACCACUUCAUGUCCGUCAGGCCCGUUCGCAUGGUUAGUCCGUCCAUCCAUCCAUUCACUCAUCCAUCUGUCCCUCCAUCAAUACUCUAGUCUAAGUGCCGUGGGUGGGCCGUGGGUGAAUAGGUGGGUAAACUCUAUUGCUGAUAUCCCUCCCUCUGUCCCUCUAUGCCUACAGGACACCCAGGACCACAAGAUCUGCCUGUUUGAGUGUAAUAACUUUGAGGGCCGUAAGAUGGAGGUGUGUGAUGAGGAUAUCCCCAGUCUGUGGUCCUACGGCUUCCAGGACCGUGUGGCCAGCAUCCAGGUCACUGGUGGAACGUGAGCUGGCACAUUAACUUAUCAAUCAAUCCAUCCAUCUACCCAUCCAUUUGAUUUAAGACGUUAACUUCCAUUUCUCUCUCUCAUUAUCUCUGUCCGUCUCUCUGGGUGACAGUUGGGUUGGCUACCAGUACCCUGGUUACCGUGGCUACCAGUACGUGUUCGAGUGCGGUGUCUUCAAGCACUGGAAUGAGUGGGGUGCCCACCAUCCCCAGAUCCAGUCCAUCCGUAGAGUGAGGGACAUGCAGACACAUCGCAGAGGCUGCUUUGAGUGGACCGCCUAGAAGGGGCCAGGAAGUCGACGGGUCAUGGGCCAGCAGGACAGAGGGGCAGGGGCCUGGCUAGGCCUGGAGCUAACCAUCCCUGGGUCUGGAGCUCCAACUUGGAUCUCCACACUGCCAACAUAAGCUAACAGCUUACAUCACUGGCUCCACCUCAAUCACUUUUACUAGUAGUAACAUUCAGGGCAUGUGUGUGGUGAUGCACAAUCCCUGCAUGGAGACAGUGUCACCUACUGGGCAAAGGUUGCUACUGCAGUUUACCUGCAGCUGACUUCCACAAUGCCUGAAUAUAAUAAUACUGGUGAAAGUGAUAGCUGUACUCUCUGUUCCAAGACCUGAUAGAAUUAUAGCAUGAGAAGAGUUAUGAUAUUUAUGAUGGGGAUUUUAAUGGGGGAAAGGGAAUUAUUUAACAAAGAUUUUAAUAAGUUACAUAACUUCAUUAGUUUGUGUUCACUAGUUUGUUUCCAUAUCUGCAAACCCCAUUGAUUUUAUACAUCUUACUUGCUUAUGUGUUUCUUAGCUAUAUACCUAAUGAUGCCGAAUAAGCCUGUUCAUUACAAUGCUCUACCCUCCUGCGAUCUGUGAAUGAUUUUAGAGAGCAGAGAUACUACACACUCCACUCACUCGUCUCUAAGCUACCAUGGACAGCUGCCAGUUCUCUGCGCUCUGUCCAUGUCCUGCAGUGAGCGCAAUCAUCCACGGGGAGGCACUGUUUCCCCAUGUACUCUCCCCCAAAGCCACCUUCUAGUCUAGGGAUUGCACCUCAACCAUCAUUUCCCCAUUGACAUUCUACCUUCAAGGCUUCAAAGCUAUGCCCAUGACCCACUCAGUCUAGGGCAGUGAGGCUAUCUGAUGACCCACUCAGUCUAGGGCAGUGAGGCUAUCUGAUGACCCACUCAGUCUAGGGCAGUGAAGCUAU